AUGACGGGUGAACGUAUGACCUGGGACCAUGAGGCCGACCAUGCUCUACUGUCGGCUAUAAUGCAGGAGUUGUCGCCGAGUCAAGAGAAUCUCCGUGUCAUUCGGGAGCGCAUGCAUACCUAUGGUUAUACUUGCACUACCAAGGCCAUCACUCAGCACUUGCAGAAGCUCCGCCGCAAGGAUGAGAAGGCCGAGGGUGGCACCUCAGGCUCUAACACUCCCAAGACCCCCGGCGGCCGCAAGCGUAACGCUACUAUCACCAAGAAGGAUGGCUCUGCCUCCAAGCGUAAGAAGUCGGCUGCUGUUGCUGCUAGCGACGAGGAUGACGAUGAGACCGUCAAGAAGGAGGUCAAGCAGGAGAAGAAGAUCAAGAAGGAGAAGGAGAUCAAAAAAGAGAUCAAGCAGGAGAUCAAGGAGGAGUCUGACGAGGAUGUCAAGCCUGAGAUCAAAGAGGAAUCCGACGAGUAA